UCGAGUUGUUGAAGGAAGAGGGAAAAUGCCAGUUGCAACUCUUCUGCCUUUUACCGCGACCCCGAAUAGGAAGUCUGUCAGCCCGAACUCUUUCAGGUUGACAGAGAAAUUCAUUUUGUUAUUAGUCUUCAGUGCUUUUAUCACCCUAUGUUUCGGGGCCAUUUUUUUCCUGCCGGACUCGUCCAAGCUGCUCAGCGGAGUUUUCUUUCAUUCCUCCGCGGUGGAGACCAACACCCGCACCGGUCCGGACAGCGGCGACUCGGGUUCGGCUGGAAACGACGAGAGGGUCCUGGCCAAAAUCAGGAAAGACCACGAAAAAGCUCUGUUAGAGGCCAAGGAUACUCUACAAAAACGGCCCGACGAGAUAAAACAAGACAUUAUUAACGAGAAAGAGAGAGUUGCAAAGGAGAGUAUGGGUCAAGGUGGGAAGGAUGUCAAUAAUUUACCUUUCGUUGAGUAUCACCGCCCGCCGGGGGCGACCGGGCACGAACCUCUGGACCCCGAAACCAGGGACAGGCGGACUAAAAUCAAAGAGAUGAUGAAGCAUGCGUGGGACAGCUACAGACGCUACGCCUGGGGUUCCAAUGAGCUCAGGCCCGUCUCCAAGCAAGGCCACUCCAGCAAUCUAUUUGGAAGUAUAAAAGGAGCGACGAUUGUGGAUGCCCUGGAUACCCUCUAUAUCAUGGAAAUGUUUGAAGAAUUUGAUUCUGCCACCGACUGGGUAGAGAAGAACCUUGACUUUAAUAUGAAUGCAGAAGUUUCUGUGUUCGAGGUGAACAUCCGGUUCGUUGGAGGUCUGCUCUCCGCCUACUACCUGUCUGGAAAGGAGGUAUUCCGUAGGAAGGCAGUGGAGCUGGGUGAAAAGCUGCUGCCAGCCUUCAAAACACCCACCGGCAUCCCCUGGGCUUUGCUUAACCUCAAGAGUGGUAUCGGUAGAAACUGGCCAUGGGCAUCCGGUGGCAGCAGCAUCCUGGCAGAGUACGGCACCCUGCAUCUGGAGUUCAUGCACCUCAGCAAACUCUCUGGAAAUCCUGAGUUUGCUCAGAAGGUGAUGAACAUCCGGAGAGUCCUUAACCGCCUGGACAAACCUCAGGGGCUGUACCCCAACUACCUGAACCCCAACAGCGGCCAGUGGGGCCAACAUCACGUGUCCGUAGGUGGCCUGGGUGACAGUUUCUACGAGUACCUGCUCAAGGCCUGGCUGAUGUCUGACAAGACCGAUGAGGAAGGCAAGAAGAUGUACUAUGAUGCCCUGCAGGCGAUAGAGACCAACCUGAUGAGGAAGUCGAGCGGUGGGCUGACCUACAUAGCGGAGUGGAAGGGGGGGCUGCUGGAGCAUAAGAUGGGUCACCUGACCUGUUUCGCAGGUGGCAUGAUCGCUCUGGGGGCUGAUGGGGCGCCCAGUGACAAGACGGGCCACCAGAUGGAGCAGGCCGCCGAGAUUGCCCGCACCUGUCAUGAGUCUUACACCAGGACUGCUUUGAAGCUGGGUCCAGAGGCGUUCCGUUUCGAUGGCGGGGUCGAGGCCAUCGCCACCCGCCAGAACGAGAAAUAUUUCAUCCUCCGUCCCGAGGUCAUCGAGACCUACAUGUACAUGUGGAGGUUCACCCACGACCCCAAAUACAGAGAGUGGGGCUGGGAGGCCGUUCAGGCCUUGGAGCAGCAUUGUAAAGUAGAAGGAGGCUACAGCGGCGUCAGAGACGUCUACGCUUCAUCUCCAAAUCACGACGAUGUACAACAGAGCUUUUACUUGGCAGAGACACUCAAGUAUCUCUACCUGCUCUUCUCCGACGACGACCACCUACCAUUCGAUCACUGGGUCUUUAACACCGAGGCCCACCCUCUGCCGGUCAUCAGGAAGGACAAAACAGACAGACCCAACGAAGUGGAGUAGUGGACCAUCCGGCGCUGACAUCCAAAAACAAGUGCGAGAACCUCUGAUCCUGUAUACCUGAGCCUCCAGCUGUCUGUCUGAAACAGUUUAGCCAUUUGGAGUCCCCAGUGGUUACAGAUGCCUCUUGAUCGAAUUUCACUUUUUAUUUUUUAAUGGGAUCAAAACUUAAUUCAAGCCUGUUGGAGCUGAAUUCUCGUGGUAGAGUCCAGUUUUGUUUCUUUGUUGUUGUUGUUUUUUUAACGUUCAGGUCUGGUUGAGUCCAGACGCUGACGCAAACCAACAUUUUCACUGCCGGAUAAUGUGAUAACGUGUCAAAAUGUAACAAAUUGUCCCUCCCAGUGACUUUAAAACCAUAAUGUGAUCAGUUACAGGAUAAUCCAGUGAUAUCUUCAGACUGGUAACGUACGUUUUUAAUAUUCUCACAUUAUAAAAAUGGUACUUUCUGAGGAUAUUAUUAGAGUUCUAUUUCACUACCACAGUUUAUCGCAUUUCCGGCUCGUUCAGAAGGGGCGAUCUGACCAAUUAUCGCGUUUUUCAUCAGUUAUUAUGUUGUUAGAAGCUACAGCUCUCUGUUUUUUUCUUUGUGAAGGGGAACACUGACAGAUCUGAACCAGUUGUCUCCCUAGUGUGGAUAUUUGGACCACGGUCCUUAGGCACCAAAACCAGAAAAACUCCAGCUCUCGUCUGAGGAUCGCAAGGUGGACUUGGUGAGCUAAAGGGUGCUCCGUUCACUUCACACGUAUUGUUUUCUUGCACCAACACUGGUGCCACCACCACCACCACCACCCAACCUCUACACCGUCUUCAGAGACACAUUUUGUUUUUCUAAAAACAUGUGGUUGGGCCUUCGGGAGUAAAGAAAAGACGCAGCACACCCCCAGCCUCUUUUUAUGAACCUUCGUCACCCUUUACCUGAACACCUGACUCCUUCCGGCUUUUGGACUCUGGAUUUAUUUCCCUUUCUCACAUUUGCACCAAUAUUUCUGGGGGUUUGACCGAUACAGGUAUUGCAAAGCUGAUGACUUUUUUUCCAACUGACAGUCAAUAUUUGUGUAAGUUUCCCAAACUUUAAUCUUACAGCAUUGUUCAUUUGGUUUUUUGUUUUUGUAUUUUCCCCUCACUAAUAAUUACAAUUGUGCCAUUUUUCCCCCUCAUUUUUUAAAGUUAACUGGAAAAAAAAACUUUUGAGAGUAAAAAUAAUGAGGGGCCACUUUUCUGGGGCUUUCACCUGCAUCCUAUAGCCUUCCUCAUUGAUUUACAGUCACUCCGCCAUUGUGGGGACGAGUGAGGCCAUGCGGAGUGGUUGAGAGCCCUGGAAAAAUUUAGUAAGCGGACCUGAAAUCUUGCUUUUGUUCUUUUGGAGUCAACAGACUCCCUCUGAAACGUUUUAGAUCCAGGGACACUGAAAGUCUCAACUUAAGAGGAUACGGAUUGAUCGUAUGAAUGCACAUUCGUACAGUCUGAUUCCAGCGUCACAUUAGGGGUCUCCCAUAGACAUCCAGUAUAGUCCUGAUAUCAGUAUCGGCAAACAUGUGUAUCGGUAGGACCUGUCAUUUAGUGUUGUAUCGCUUCUUCUCACCUCCGUCCUACAGUCCCAGCAUAGGGCAGGGCUGUAGGAUCUCCUCUCCUCUGUGAGGAGACGCAGACUCUCGACUUCACCUCCACGCAAACAAAAACACCUGCACACACACACUCACACACUCACAAGAAGCCAUAGUGAUUCAGUACAGCUUUACCAUUCUGUCGUCUAGACUCUUGUUUCCUUCAUCCUGCACGUUUGGGGGGCGUGUGACUGUGUCCGACACAAACUGUGCGUUGCUCUUUCUGUUGCGCAAUUCAAGUCCGACGAGAGUUCAACCGAUCAAAGUCACGUUCGCUAUUUAGCUGGGUUUUAUGGUAAAGAUCUCUCCAGAUGCCACACAGGACUGUAGCCAGAUUAAAUCCAGUUUAGUCUUCAAUCUAGUGCCUUCACUGUUGAAAAGGAUUCAGAGGGAGGGACAGCUCACACAAACACAAAAGAGUAGAGUUUUAAAUAGCAUCGUAGCUUUAAGUGAAGUUCCCAUGACUCAGAUAAGGAUUAUACCAAAACUGGGCAAGUCUUACUUUUUAAUGGGAUAUUCAAUGUAACUUUGGCUUGAAAGUAGCCCAAAAGCUGGCUUCUCUGUGAUAAGUGGGAGAUCAGACCACCAAAGGUCCACCCAAAGAGAUUUAAAAAACAGGAACAACAAGUCUUGUGUGCUUAUACUGUUCUUUCUCCCAGGUUCAAGUUUGGCCAACCCUUAACCGUCGUUUAAUGGUUUGAGGACAGUGCAGGGCCUAGUCACAAGUUGGACAAUUGCUUGUCUACACUGACAUCCAGUGGUGAGCGUUUCCUGUUGCAGCACACAGGAGACCUGGGCUAAAUGUCUGCAGCCUGUAAAGUUUAGACGAAUACAUUCGUUCUUCUCCAGUUAUCACUGAUUUUUGGUUGAAACCUUUUAACUCAAACACGAGUGGCGACUUUUUGGAAACAGGGAAAAAGAACACCAUUUUAAACUCGGUGGAUAAUGUCACGUGUUGUUGCGACAGAGUCCAAUAAUUACAAGAGAUCUGCUCAUAAGAGAAAGUUUUUUUUUUUUUUUAAAUGUAAAAAAUCACCAGACCUGGAUCUUUAAAAUGACAUAUUUCAUUGAUAUUGGAGCUUCAAGUACAUGUUUUAAAUGAGUGAGUCGUUAAGUUUGCCAGGUAUUCAUUAGUUUGAGCCUCCCCCUUUUAUAUUUCAAGGGGGAAGUGACACAGAAAAGUGAUGGAUCAUACUGGGGGCCGCUCGCACCUCCUCCAGCUCCCCUGCUCCUCCACUUGAGCUUUAAGCAAACUUAAUUGUCACUGGGAGAUCUGGCAGAUGGCGAGUCAUUAGAAAGUUCAGUCAACAACAGCGUCGCUGCCAAAAGUACUUACGAGAAUAAAGAUCAUCUUUAUUUAUAGAGCACUUUUCAAAAUCCAAGUGCCUCACAAGGCAGCAAAAUUAAACAGACAAGUCAUAAAACCAUCAGAUUUAAAAAGAGAACACAUAGAAACAGUUUACUGUAUAAAACCAGUUCAGUGAAAACAGAUAAAAGACAGUUCAAAGAAAUUUAAAACUCAAGUAAGAGCAGGAAAGGCUCUCCGACAAAAGUAUGUAGUAAGACGGGACUUCAAAGAAAUGACUGAGUCAGCCGACCUGAUUUCCUCGGGCAGAUGGUUCCAGAGCCUGGAGGCCGGGACUGCGAACGCUCUGUCCCCUGUCUGCUUUAAGUAGAUUCAUUUAUUUCGUCUGCCUGACAGAAUGCCGAGAGUUGGCUGAACCGAGUGACAGUUUAAAACUGCAGUUCUCAGCAGGUUUAAAAGACAUUCAGCCCAGGUGUCUCAGAGCAGGAUAAUAAAUCUGACAGAAACAUGUAACAGAGAGCCACUAUAAAAAAAAAAAAAAA